AGGGGCCAGAGCUCCUGUUAGAUGUGGUGCACUCAAUGGUGUACGCUUGCUGACUACGAACAAAAUCCAUCAAAACCCAUUCCCAAAAGUUCGAAUUAAAACACCAAAUAUCCCUUUUAUCAAUUUCCUAUUAAUAAUACCUCUUGCCACUGCCAGCCUGUUCAUAAGUCCCCCUUCCAUCUCUCUGCCUCUCUCUCUCUCUCGCUAUUUAUCUGCCCUCUUGUCCCUGUAACCUCACGUUUCGUCGGCUGGAGAGCUCUAAUGGCCACCAUUUCCGCUACUUCUUCUGCUACCGUUGGGGCUUCCCUGAAGUUAUGCUUCCAGAAUAGUAAGGUGGCUGGUGGGACUUUAACAACUCUGAAGAUGGUUAGAGUAGGCUGGGCAAACAAUGUCUUCCCUACUUUAAGGACCUCGCGCUUCAAUGUUUGUUGUGCGGCCAAGCCCGAGACAGUGCAGAAAGUCUGCGAGAUAGUAAAGAAACAAUUGGCAUUGUCCGACGAGACUGAGCUCACCCCUGAGUCCAAGUUUGCUGCCCUGGGUGCUGAUUCUCUUGAUACGGUGGAAAUAGUUAUGAGUUUGGAGGAAGAGUUCGGAAUCAAUGUCGAGGAGGAAAGCUCACAGAAUAUAACAACGGUCCAAGAAGCAGCUGAUUUGAUAGAGAAGCUUGUGCAGACGACGCCCGAAGCUUAGAGAAAGAGCUAGUUGGUUGGGGAAUGUGACAGUUUUGUUAAGGGAAUUUGGGCUAGUUUGCUUUCCUCUAAAUUGUUUCUGAUUCCUUGUUUUGAGGAGUUGUUCCUUCUCAUCAGUUCUAGAACUGGUAAUGUUUUGAGCUUGACUAGGUUAAUUUCAGGACUUUUUUUUUAUUAUUAUUAUUUAUAGAUUCUGAAUCAGUUGCAAAAAACCCAUUUGGUCUCACGAUGCUUUGGAGUUUUGGACACCAA